AUGGUUUCCCAGAACGCGGCCGCUAAAACGACCACCCUGAAGAACGCGCUUUUGAAAGCUGCUUCUGACCUUCGACGGUGCGCUGACCAACUUCAAGCCCCCCCAGCCGAACUUCCACGAGGUUGGAUGGGCAAGGGCAAGGGCAAGGAGAAGAAAAAGGGUGAGCCAGCUGCGCAGCAACCUGGCUUCAUCGCACCAAAUGGCGAGAAGCUCGACAACCGUGGUGCUCUCCGCUUUGCAGAGGAUGAGUACUUCUUGCGUCUCACCGCAGGUCUCUCUCCACAAGACCGAGAACGCGUCGCGACCGACCUGGAACGGAUCAUCGCUCGUCACACCACCCCCGCGACAAAGUUCUACGAGGACCUGGUGAACGAACGAUGUCUCGUUGUGAUUCAGAGCUCUUCUGGACGCAAAUUGGAGAUCCGAGGAAAGAAUUGGACUUCAUAA